AAACAAUCGUCACCCUUCGAAUUGAUUUCUGCGCUUUGGAGAAACUCUUUCGUUGCGAUAUCAAGUGUUUUCCGUUUGCCGUUGUUGUCCCAGAAGCAACGGACAUGCACCGUGCCGGGGCGUGCGGAAGUGAUGAGUGACCGCAGUGUAGCAACGGAGGACGUUCCCGACCCGAGCGGAAGUGGCGCAGCACCGAUGCUGAACAAACGACCGCGCCUCUACCAAGGACUGUGCUCCGACUCGCGAUCGCUACCCGAAAUGGAUGGUGCUGGUGGUGGUGUACCGUUGGCAGGGACAUUGUCCAGCUCGCUGGAGAACACAAUGCGCCGCAGGCAGCUGGCGGAGAAUCUACUCAACUGGCAAGAAAGCCAGGUCGAGGCGACGAGGGACAACAUUCUGAACACGGUGCUGGAACACUUUCUGACCUACUUCCACCAGCGCAACAAUCGGAACGGCGACGAACCCGCGAACGAUAACGCCGUGCUGGAGGACGAAGCAAUCCGGAUGGCAAUCAGCCGGACCGGUUUGCAGUCGGCCGGACCGUCUGGAGCGCCGUCCGUGUCCGUUCCCGUGUCCGUGGCAGCGGAAGAGUCCAACGCGCAGCCCCAGCCUAGCGCUAGCUGGCAACACCCGGGACGGCUGCUGCCCGACAACUACAUCCUGGAUACGGCCGUGGCCGCUGCAAUACAGGAGAAGGGAUUGGUCACGUGCGAUGCGGAGGCCACCGAUAGUGACGACAGCAUGCCGCAGGAAGAUGGCGCGAGGUAGUGUGCACUACUGAAGCGGCCGGGUCCUGGCCUGGCGUUAUCCCUCGAUAACACUGUUCAACGAAACUGGAAAGCGUUCAAAAGCGUUUAUUUGCUUCUCUCACAAGCCAUGCUACGCGUUGUAUACCUGAUGUAGUAAAAUGGUGGAAAAUAUACUAUUAAUAUCAUUGCCU